AUGCGAUAAUCUCCAAUCGAUAAGUUAGAGAGUUGUUGAGGGAUCAGUUGUUAGAAUGGCUACAAUGGUGGCUAGGGGUAGCAGUCCUCUGUCUUCCUCAAUCUCUAUUCAAGAAAGGGGUAGGAGGAACAAGAGAAAGUUUCGAGCUGAUCCACCUAUAAUGGACCCGAUUCCAGCCAACCCUCCAUUGCAAACCGAAUGCUCCAACUUCGAAGAGUUAUUCCCUGUUGAGAGGAACUCGGAUGAUCCCAGCCUUGAGCACCAUGCAGGUGCCUGCGAUGCAUGUGGGACGCUUAUGUGUGGUCCUCUAGAAGGGCUGGGAUUGGAGGAAUUCCAAGACACGGAUUGGAGUGAGCCCACAGAAACCCAACUUGAGGACAUCUUGUUGAGUAAUUUGGAUACCAUCUUUAAGAGUGCAAUUAAGAUCAUCACUUCUUUUGGAUACUCUGAGGAGGUGGCAACAAGUGUUGUCUUGAGGUCCGGGCUUUGUUAUGGGUGCAAAGAUACAGUUUCUAACGUUGUUGACAAUGCAUUGGCAUUUUUGAGGAGUGUGCAAGAGGUUGAAUCUUCUAGAACAGAGAAUUCAUCAGAGGAUUUGCAGAAAUUGGCAAAGACUGUGUUGGCAGACAUGAUUAGCGUGCUUAGGGAGGUCCGACCAUUCUUUAGUAUAGGUGAUGCGAUGUGGUGCUUGCUGAUCUGUGAUAUGAAUAUUUCCCAUGCUUGUGCGUUGGACGAUAAUCCCUUGAAUUAUAUGGGAAAUGGUGAGACCUCAGGCAGUUCUGCUUCUUAUCAAGUGGAAUCAGGCUCAAACUCCAAUAGUAUUUCUUCUCCAACUGCUCCUGAAUCAAAUGCUCCUGGACCUGAGAGAUUGAAAACUGUUUUACCUUAUCCUGGGACUAAUCCACGACCUGAAAUGUUCACUGUGGUAGGGAUCCCAAAUUUACCUUAUGGCAGGUUGUUGGCCUCAAGCAACGUGCACGAGAUGGUUCCAAAUCUUAAUGCGGGGAAGGAGAAUCCAAUUUCUUCAUCUGGUCAUAUGGAGGAAUCCUCUGCUUCAACCAUUUCUCAAUGUCUACAAGAAGGGAAGCCGGUAGGUAGUAGAAGGGUCCAUUUAGGUAGUACAAAGAGGGAGUUUAAUCUCCGGCAGAAGCCAAUUCACUUUGAGAAGAGCUACAGAGCAUUGGGAUCUAAGGCAGCUUAUAGAGCAUGCAAACAGAGUGGUUUUGGGGGUGUAAUAUUGGAUAGGAAAAGCAAGCCCAUUUCCAAUUCUAAAAUUAUAAACAUGAAGAGCACCUCCAUUAAGGUAGGCAAAGCAAUGGGAAUAGAUAAGUCAAAAGCAGACACAACAGUUGAACUAUCUUUUACUGCUGGACUUUCCUCUAGUGCAUCAUGCAGUGCAAAAGCAGUUAGCGGCACAUCUCCAACACCUUCUGCAAACACGGAACUUUCUCUGUCUCUGCCUUCUCCAAGCAGCAGUGGUGCUGGUUUGAAACAAGACUGUAGUAUUGAGGCUUCACAUUUCAGUAAUUUUGCUGGCAUCCACACUGACAAGAUAUCUUGGGAUUGGGUCCCACAGGACAAGAAGGAUGACAUGCUGGUUAAAGUAGUUUCCCGGCUACGGGAACUCCAGGCACAACUGCAGGACUGGACAGACUGGGCCCAGCAAAAGGUGAUGCAGGCUGCCCAUAGACUGAGCAAAGACAAGCUUGAGCUGCAAAACUUGAGACAGGAAAGGGAAGAUGUCAUUCGUCUCCAAAAAGAAAGGCGGAAUUUGGAAGAUAACACCAGAAAAAAGCUUGGGGAGAUGGAAAUUGCAAUAUCAAAGGCAAAUGACCAGGUUGAGAGAGCCAGUGCUGCUGCACGCAGGCUCGAAGUUGAGAAUGCCCGGCUGAGGCUGGAAAUGGAAGCUGCAAAGUUACAGGCUGCAGAAGCGGCGGCUACUUGUCAUGAUGUUACAGGAAGGGAGAUAAAGACUCAUAAAAUAUUCCAGUCAUGGGAGAGGCAAAAGUCAUCAUGUCAAGAGGAGCUUGUGAGUGAAAAGCAGAAACUCUUUCUGCUGCAGCAGCAAUUAGAACAUGCUAAAGAACGCCAACAUCAGUUAGAGG